AUGCCUUCCCAAUUCCGCGCCUCCCACUCUCUCCCUGACCUCACGGACACCGUCCUAGACGGUAACCUCAAGCUCGUGAGCAUUUUGGGCGCUGGCUCAUUUGGAAAAGUCUAUAAAGCCAUCGAUCUAGACUCACCAGCCGAAAACCCCAUACAUUAUGCUGUCAAAUGUUUGCGACUACACAAACUUGGGUCCAAAGAGCGCCAGCGGCAAGAACAGGAAGUCAGACACCACAAGGCCGUUUCAGACGACCCCCGUGUCGUCUCUUUGGUUCGCUAUUUCGCAUCUGGCGACCACCUGUUCGCUGUUCUCGAGUAUGUUGAGAAGGACGUUUUGGAGGUCUUGGCCGACCAGGAGGUGUUUCACCGUCGACCGGAUCGUGUUAAGGAGGCAUUCGGAGACAUACUUGACGGGGUUGAAUCACUGCAUCGUCGUGGUAUUUACCACCGGGAUAUCAAGCCCGACAACCUCCUCUGUGACAGCGACGGGAAGAACAUCCGCAUUGCGGACUUUGGUCUAUCAACGAAAAAGACUCGUUCUUCUCUGUUAGGCUGUGGAUCACCGGGGUAUAUGUGUCCAGAAUCGCUGGACCGACCCCUUGCAGCUGGCCUCGACAGCUACUCACCCAGGGACAACGAUGUUUGGGCGGUUGCGGUCCUCUUCUGCAACUUCGUCGCUGGAACAAUGCCAUGGCACAAGGCCCAUUUCUCGGACUCGCUAUAUAACCACUUCCUCCACCACAAAGACCAUCUUGUCCAAGAUUUGGGCCUCACCGAGGAGACCAACGCUUUGCUGCGACGCUGUUUCCACAACAACCCUCGCAAGCGACCCACUCUUGCGGAAUUCCGAACCGCUAUCAAUGCGAUGGACAGGUUUACGGUGGACGAUCCGCUUCCUUCAGCAAUCGCCACCGUUGUUCAGAGCGAGCAGCCCAAAACAUCAUUAGAGCCCGGCUCCAGCUCCUCUCGACGCGGCGAUGCAUCCGAAGACGAAUAUUCAACCCCACCCACUUCAUAUAUUCCUUCUUCGUCCUCACAAUCUUCUCCUCAGAAAGUGCCCAAAACCGGGCGGAAGGUCCCUCGUCGGCUUUUCAAACUCAAGAAGAAGAAAAAUAUACUUGUGCCUUCCUCGGAACCUAGUUCUGGCGCUCCGGUAGUACGAGUUGAGCGCAGACGGAGGUCUUCAUUGCAAUUGCUUGCUCAAAACCUUGUGCUGAAGUGGUGA